AUGGGCCUUAAUCCGUGAUUAUAUAUUCCGGCCCAAAUUAAACCCAUUUAACUAAGCUCUAUAUUGUUUGUUUAUUUUUGUAUUGAAGCGCCAAAACAAUAUCUAGAAGAGAAAAAGAUCGCAUCCAUCUUUAUACUCUUUGGCCCUUUGAGAGAGGGAACAACACAAGACCUCGUCUACUACUUCAUUCCCCUUCUCGAAUCGAAUCGAAUCAUCGUCUUCUUCUUCUCUCUCAGCCUAACGAAAAACCACAUCGACAUGGCUAAGGAACUUGCAGCGAAGGCCAAAGAGGCUUUCGUAGACGACGACUUCGAUGAAGCUGUUGACUUAUACUCAAAAGCCAUUGACUUGGAUCCCAACUGCGCUGAGUUCUUCGCGGAUCGUGCUCAGGCCAACGUCAAACUCGAAAACUUGAUCGAAGCAGUGGAAGAUGCGAACAAAGCUAUAGAGUUGGAUCCUUUAUUGACCAAAGCCUACUUAAGAAAGGGAACUGCUUGUAUGAAGCUUGAAGAAUAUCAAACUGCGAAAAAUGCUCUUGAAAAGGGUGCUUCAAUUGCACCAAGUGAAUCCAAAUUCAAGAAGCUGAUAGACGAAUGCGACCUUCGUAUCUCAGAAGAAGAGAAAAUUUUGGUUCAACCGGUGGCAUCUCCAUCAGUGAAAGCUGAUCUCACCCAUGUGUCUUCAGCACCUGCCAAACCAAAGUUCAGACACGACUACUACCAAAAGCCAGAAGAAGUUGUGGUGACUAUAUUCGCAAAAGGGAUACCGAAGCAGAAUGUUAAUAUCGACUUUGGUGAACAAGUUCUGAGUGUUGUGAUUGAUGUUCCUGGAGAGGAGGAAGCGUAUCAUCUCCAGCCCAGACUGUUUGGAAAGAUAGUACCAGAGAAGUGCAGAUAUGAAGUAUUAUCAACCAAAGUCGAGAUCCGUCUAGCAAAAGCAGAGAUCAUCACAUGGGCCUCUCUUGAACACGCCAAAGUGCCAGCGGUUUUGCCAAAGCCAAAUGUCUUAUCAGAGGUUUCAGUGAGACCUGCUUAUCCUUCUUCCAAGAAAGUAAAGGACUGGGACAAGCUUGAAGCCGAAGUGAAGAAACAGGAGAAUGAUGAGAAGCUGGAAGGAGACGCUGCUUUGGACAAGUCCUUACGUGAGAUGUAUUCGAAUGCUGAUGAGGAUAUGAGACGUGCCAUGAGCAAAUCCUUUGUGGAAUCAAAUGGGACUGUACUGUCGACAAACUGGAAAGAGGUUGGGGCUAAGACAAUCGAGAGCACUCCUCCGGAUGGUAUGGAGCUCAAGAAAUGGGAGAUCUAAUCUUCCUCAUGGUCCCUUUUCUUCAUGUAAUGAGGAUCCUAAGGUUUCUUUGCUUUUGUCAAGUAUGGCUUUCUCUUCACAACUUUUUUGAUUUUUCAUCUGAAUAUCCACAUAUCACUAUUCUCAAGUGUCUUGUUAAAACCAUAUCCGCAAAACUAAAUAGCCAAAGGCAAGUAGGCAACUGUAUAUGAGAUUUUCCUACCAAGGGAAGAUGAACUUGUAUGUCAAA